GCCGCUGCAGUGCUUGCACAGGUCCUUGACAGUCUUGCGUAUACAACAAUAGCCUCUGGGCCUCUGAGAAGGAUGUUCCAGGUGCUUCGGUGCCUCUGCCGGAGUUAUAGUAUCAUUCCUCCAGCAUAUAACAUACGCUCUGGCUCAUUGCGCAAGAUCGGCGAGCACGCGUUGGAAUUUGGAGGACAUGCAGAUGUAUGGCGCGGAGAAUAUCUCGUGUCUGGCACUGGCUGGGUGAGCGUGGCGCUCAAAGCAAUUCGUAUCAACGCGGGAUCUGCGUCUCGCAUACGUUCGAGUGUAUGUCAGGAGGUCAUCAUGUGGCGACGCCUCCGCCAUCCGAGGAUCAUCCCAAUGCUAGGCGUCGACACGGAGCUCUUCCCCGUGUGUAUUGUCAGCGAAUGGGCAGAACAUGGCACUAUCACUGCUUUUCUCAAACGGACUCCGGCCGCGAAUCGACUGAAAUUACUCGUGGAUGUUGCUGAAGGACUGCAAUACUUACACUCAGAAACCGUCGCACAUGGCGAUCUGAAGAGCAGCAACAUCCUCAUCGAUAGCACACUACAUGCACGUCUGUGCGACUUCGGGCUGACAACCCUGAUUCACAGUAUCAACACGAUAGAUCCUGCCACGCGGAGUAAUGGCGGGCAAGGUACUGUGCAAUACAUGGCACCCGAAAUCAUGGACCCGGAGUCAUUCGGGCUUCGACAUGCGCAUGCCUCGCUAGAAGGCGAUAUUUACACUUUGGCAAUCGUCAUGUGGGAGGUCUUCGCAGGACGGCCCCCAUAUGGCUCGUGGCACGUUGGUCGAAUCCAACGCGAGAUUCUACGGGGGACGAGGCCAUCUCGUGUUGUCGAUGCUCUUUCCGAGUCACUGGGCUUGUCCAAUUCUGUCUGGGACCUCAUGGAGAGAUGUUGGCGGUCGGACCCUGGUGAACGCCCGCCGAUUGGGCAAGUGCUACCGGUCCUCACAUACGCUCUCGCGACAUCGAAGCCUGGACACUGGCAAUCGACACGCUCUAUAUCACCUAUCCUCGACUUGGAUACCCCCACAUAUUCGGUAGUCGCACACCAAGACCCUCCAUACGGCGCACGUGAGGGGUUUGUGUCGAACGUAGCAUCUUCGGCGCCAUAGAAUUCGGAGGUCGUGUUGUAUGGCUUACUAGCCGAAGCCCGUGCUACGCUACGGAAGUUCAAUAUGCGCUCGCGUGUCUUAUUCAUCUUGUAUACAACACGAAUGUAACUAUCCGUGUCCAAAUCAUUUGGUAGCAAUACUAACCCAGGAGGCCACUCAGCCGCCUCCCUCCGGGAGUCAGCUGAAUGGCCCCUUUGCCGUAGUAUACUACAUGGUAUGUUCGCGCUGUGCAUUGG